GUGAUCCUUGCUUGUGAAAAUGAAUGCUAUAAAUGCAAUUGUGCAUUUAGCCAAUAAUGCCGACCCAGCGCGACGUAGAAAGCUCUACCGCCAACGAAGCAACCCAUUCGAUUUGCGGGACCUAAAUUUUAAAAUAAAAUAUAGGUUCAAUAAGGACACAGUGCGCACCAUCAUAGAUUUGGUGGAAGAUGAUCUGGUUCAGAGCGCUAGAGGUGGUGGCACGUGUCCUGAACUGCAAGUUUUAGUGGCCAUAAGAUGUUGGGGACGUCGUGAGGUACAAGAUGAUGCUGGUGACCUCCAUGGCCUAAGUCAGCCGACAGUGAGCCGGAUAUGCGCCAGAGUCGCGCAUGCAAUCGCGAAUAAGGCAAAUUCCUUCAUCAAAAUGCCUAUCACUAUAGGAGAGCAGGAAAGAAUUAGUGCCAAAUUUAGAGCAAUUAAAAAUUUUCCUGGGGUGAUAGGAGCCAUAGAUUGCACCCACAUUAAAAUUAAAAAAACCGGAGGUGACAUGGCCCAGUACUAUAUUAAUAGAAAAGGCUAUUAUUCCCUGAAUGUUCAGGUUGUCUGUGAUGCUGACCUCAAAAUAAUGGAUAUAGUGGCUAGAUGGCGAGGCAGUACACAUGACAGUCGAAUUUUUAUGGAGAGCAAUAUAAAACAACGAUUUGAGGAUAGGCAGUUUAGAGGACGCCUUAUUGGCGAUUCGGGCUACCCUCUUCUGCCAUAUCUAUUUACACCUAUUUUAAGGCCUAGUCGUCCAGAAGAAGAAGCAUACAAUAAUGCUCACAUCUCAACUAGGAACACUGUUGAAAGGUGUUUUGGGGUGUGGAAGCAGCGGUUCCAAUGCCUACUCCAUGGCUUACCAGUAAGCCUCCAAAAUGGAAAAGCUGUGAUCAUAGCAUUGGCUGUAUUACAUAAUAUAGCCAUUGAUAUGAAUGACACAUUGUUAGAACAACAUAUGGAGCAGGUCCCUGUAACUCCGCAACUUUCGACGGAGAACAGUGUUCACGACAACCGACCUUCAUUGUUGAGGCGUAGGUCGCAGUUGAUACUACAAAAUUUUAUAAAUCAACAUUUUUGAAUGAUACUGUUCCUGGC